CACUUUCCCUUCUAAAUGGUAGGAUUCACUUUUCCUUCUAAAACCCUCCGGAACUCAACACCCCCCAUCAAGUUAGUUUGGGGCUUACAGGCUCCUGAAACCCUUUGUUUUCCCUUAUUUUUACCCUUUUUUUCCAGGAACUAUAUGAAUUUCCAUUUUAUCUCAGGAAUAUUUUUUUUUUCCUUUUUGUUUUAUGUUUUUGAGGCCUUGGAUGAGUAAAUUGGUGCAAUGGUGUUUGGUUCUGAAACACAUCGAAUCCGAAGAGAGGAACAGAGUCGCACCAAACUUGAUCAUCUCUUCUCUAAAUGGGAGAUCUUGAUUGGCCCAUCUGAUUGGGGAAAUUACCUCUUGGGCAAGGAAGGAACUGAGAAGUAUCGGAUUCAUAAUUUACCAUUGAGUUCUUCAUGUCCUGGUAUUUAUGAACUUGGGGUGGCUCCCAUUUCUACUGGCUUGGGCCGAACAAUUCGCAAGAUUGACCCCAGUGCCAUAGUUGUUGCAUACAUUGGACAUGCUGACAAUGUUCGAACAAGACUCCAGCAUUAUGGUCGGUCUGGUUCUCAUUUGGAGCUAGUCGAUCCAUUUGUUCUUCCAGAUAAUGGGAAACCAAGCGAACCAGUUACAACUACAAAUCAAUGUUUGGAGAAGAGACCUGGAUUAUUUAGAGAAGCCUUUUCGAGGGGCUUCUAUAUUGUAUUUAGAUGGGCUCCGAUGACAACCAAGAGAGAAGCGGGACUGGCCGAAUCACGACUUCUCUCAAACUUUGACUAUGCGUGGAACAAAGGUGCAAAUGGAGCCCGGCGCCCUGCUGAUAUUCUUGCAAAAUUGGAUAGAACUCAUUCCCAAAGUGCCCUGCUUGCUUGCCUUAGUAGAAAGCUCGGGCACCUGAAAUGGAAUGGCAUUACGAAGAAAUGUAUAGGCAUAGAUAUUAAUGCAGGCAAGCUCGAGGACGAAGGCAGUUCUGGUACUAUAACCUUUGAAGUCAGUGAUACUUGUGAGAAAGAAAGUCGGGGGUAUGAGAGAGAGAGUGGGGGUGUUUGUAGGGUACCUGAGUUUAAAAAAUCUGUGGAGGGGGAAAGUGGGGUUGUUUGUGGGGUGGCCUUAGGUGAUGGGUCAAUAUGUUCGAGGCCUCCUGUUGAGGGAAGGAAGAGAUGCAGUGAGCACAAAGGGAUGAGGGUGAAUGCAAGCAAGCUUGAAGAAGAAGGCAGUUAUGGCACCAGAACCUUUAAACCUAAUGGUACUUAUGGCAUAGCAAGUGUUUUUGAGAGUGAAAGUUGGGGUGUUUGUAGGGUGCCUGAGUUUAAAAAUUCUUAUGAGAGAGAAAGUGGGGUUGUUUGUGGGGUGGCCUUAGGUGAUGGUUCAAUAUGUUCCAGGUGUCCUGUUGAGGGAAGGAAGAGAUGCAGUGAGCACAAAGGGAUGAGGGUGAACGCAAGCAAGCUUGAAGACGAAGGCAGUUAUGGUACAAUAAUAUUUAAACCUAAUGGUACUCAUUGCAAAGAAAGUAGGGUUUUUGAGAGAGAAAGUUGGGGUGUUUGUAGGGUACCUGAGUUUAGAAAUUCUUAUGAGAGAGAAAGCGGGGUUGUUGUAGGGCACCUGAGUUUAGAAAUUCUUAUGAGAGAAAAAGUGAGGUUGUUUGUGGAGUGGCCUUAGGUAAUGGAUCAAUAUGUUUCAGUUCUCCUGUUAAAGGAAGGAAGAGAUGCAGCGAGCACAAAGGAAUGAGGGUGAAUGUGGCAAAUGACUACCCAGAGAAAUUGGUAGAGAGGGAAAGUAUCUGUGGUGUUGUGACAGGUAGUGGUUCUAUUUGUAGGAACCUUCCUGUUAGAGGGAGGAAAAGAUGUGCAUUACACAAGGGAAGAAGAGUCAUGUAGUCUCAUGUUAUUUAGAACCAAAAUUGAUGAAGUUUAGCAUUUUCUCAUGAAUGCCUACUGUGAAUAGCUGGGUUAGCUUUUAACUUCUGGAAAUGCAUGUGUAGCAUGUAUGCUGUGUCUGGUAUGUGUAUUAGAGGUGUCAACAAGCCAAGCCAGCUUGCAGGUGUGCUCAGCUCUGCUCAUAAUGUGCCAAGAGUGAACGAUAUUUUCAGCUCGACAACACAAGCCAAGUCGUGCUGGACAGCUUGUUUAUUAGUCAAGCCAAGCUCAAGCGGAGGGAAGCUCAGGUUGAGCUUUGGCUUGAGCUUGUUUGAUACUAUUAUAUAUUAAAACAGUGUUUAUUAUACGUGUAAAUUUGUAAACACUUGUACCCUGGAAGUUAAGACUUAUGUUUGACUUGUUUAAAAA